UUCCCUGCGUGUUAAUUAUAAAUCAUGUUUUUCAGUGAAAAUUCAUCCUUUUAUCAGAUAUUAGAGACAUCACGACUGUUAUGUUAUGUAAUAAAGUACAUCAAUUUUGAUUUGGACCGAAAUGAAGGAAGUGGACACAUUUCAUUGGAUUUGCAUUUGGAUUUGUUCCCUAUCAAGCGGUCAUUGACCUUAUUAAAGGUCAGUCAAUUUACCAAUCGAAGAACACUUGAGGGCGCACUCACAUACAUAGAGAAUUAAAAACCGCCGGGGAAGAAAAAUGGCUACCUACUGGAAGUCUCAACCAAAGAAGCAUUGUGAUUUCUGCAAGUGUUGGAUAGCUGACAACAGAGCUAGUAUUGACUUCCAUGAGCGAGGCAAACGACACAAGGAGAAUGUGGAGAAGAAGCUUGCUGAGUUGCGGAAGAAGGGCCAUGAGCAGUACAAGAUACAGCAAACCCUUGACAGUGAUCUCAUCAAGAUGGAGACGGAAGCACUUAAGGCUUUCAAGAAGGACUUGGAGAAUGACCCAGCCCUCGCUGCUCAGUACAAGGCCCAGGCCGCUUCAGCUGCUGCUAGUGCUGCUGCAACAGCCAAAAAGAAAGAAGAGCUUCUUAACUCAGCAAGGAAACUACACAAACAAGGCCUAGUUUCCACUAAACAAGCUGGCAAGACUACUGCGACAAGCAGCACAUCAAGCACAGCUCCAGCAACUGAAGCAUCAAGUCACACUGCAGAAUCCACGGCAGCAACCACUGCAGCAGAAGGGUCUAAGACAACAUGUGUUUGGCUGGAAGGAACCAGCCCAGAGGGGCAUACAUACUACUGGAAUACAGUGACAGGAGAGUCCCAGUGGGAGAAGCCUGAGGGCUAUGUAGCCACAGAAGAGUCUACAAUAUACAAACAGCAAGAUCCUGAGGACGGGACCAGUCAGACACAGGAACAGCAAGAACCUGCAGAAGAAACAACCAAGACCUCUCAGGAUCUCAAACCUCCAGGAACCGAAGAUGAGAAACCGGAAGAAAAUGAUGAAGAACAGAAAGAAGAUGAUAGUGGGAAUGAGGAUGAUGAAGAUGAAGUGGAAGUGGAAGAAGAAGAUGAUGAUGAGAAAGAUGAGGAUGCACUGAGACCAGUUAAGCGGAAGAUGGUCAACCCCUAUGGUGGUUGGACUACUAUUGUUCCCGAUGACACACCCCCCAUUGAUCUACAGCUGCCUCAGCCAGACAGGCCAUACUUCCAGCCCAUCGUACCUCAGGCCGCCCAGCACCAACCCAGGGAGAAAGUCAAAUUCAAAGAGCGAACAGUCUCAUCACUAACCUCUGCAUCGCAGUCGUCCUCCUCGCCGCUGGGAAGUGGAGUGGCAUCGUUUAAGAAGAGGAAGUUUGGUGGUGGAGGCCGGUCCAUUCGUCAAAGAGAUACAGAUACUUGAGCAGGUCCGCCUUCAACAUUCUCGGCAUCUAACAUAUAAAAAGAAUGGACACACCUUAAACCCCAGCACUUGAACACAACAUCAGUCAGUGCUUGAUUUAGCUGAUUAAUGUUUGGAGUUAUUUACAUCAAACGAACCUUUUGAUGCUGGCUACUGUUCAACUCCUGCAUACCAGCUUGUGUGAUUUUAAACUUAGAUCUGCAGCCUGUGUAACCAAAAGUUCCUUAGUAUUAAGAAAUGAGUUUUUAACAGACUGCACUUCUUUAUUAAGUGUUGACAAUAGUACUCACCACUCAAGCAUGAAUCUAGAGUUAAAAAAUAUCAUGUUACUGAACCACCCUGACUCUAUGAGCUCUUUAUUUUGCAAUAUUUUAUAGCCUGGGCAUAAUUGGAGUGCAACAUAAUUUGUUGCACUAUUGGACGUACACUGGCACAAUAGUAGUUGCCAAUUGGUCCUUGUACUGCCCCAACGUGCGCUGCCUUCUAAUCCCUGUCCCACUGUAAACUACACCUGUUCUGUAUGGUUUUAAUGAUUCAUCAGGGAGUAUGUACAAUGUCAUAUGAUGUAGCACAGGUGCUAGCAGGUCAAAGAAGGCUGUUUGAAACGAGUACUCGUCCAAUUCCCCCCCCCCCCCCCCCCCUUUUCGCAUUUCAGAAUAUUAUUCCAAACAAAUUGGAUUUUUUUCCUUGGGUGGGGAACUUUCAUGUUUUCGCUCAACAUCCUCUUCUCUUCAACUUGGACUUAUGCCAUGUUUUAAUACUUUUUGUUUACCCUGAACGCGAUUGUUUAAAUUAUUGGAAAGUUAAUGUGUGCAUGAAUGUUUUUUAGGGUGACUGUUGUGUUAUUAGCAGCAUUUUUGCGUGGAUUUGAACACAGCGCUUUUGCAGAUACGUAAUAUUAAUGCAAUAAACAACACAGCUACAAGUGAUCCGCUGAAA